AUGUCUGCAGAAGAGCAGGAAAUGCUGGCCAAGAUCAGCCAACUUGCUGGCCAGAUCAACCGCCGAAAGAACCAGCAAGCAGGUUUCGCACCUUCAGCCCCCCAGCACCACCCAACCCAACACCGUACGGUUUCCGCACCUAACCGCUUAAUGAACUUCAACAUUAACAACCGUCAAGAAGCAAGCCGACACCGUGGGGGCGGCCACUUCCAACCUCGAGGUUAUCGGGUUGGCAAGCCAGCUCCUCACCGCCACCGAACCCUCGUCCUCAACGGCGCGACCCAGCCCAAAUCGGAUGUUGAGUCCGGCGCCGCGUCUGAUGCUUCGACGUCAUCCUGGGUGACCAAGAGUGAUCGUCACCUCCAGCUUAUCAACUCCAACGUGUACGAAAAAGAGAGCCAGGCGCGCCUCAAGGCGAUAGAACACACGCGGGCGCAGAAGCGGCAGCAGACUGAUGAUCGAGAGCGAGCCAAGAUCCUGUCGCAUUUCAAGACCACGGCCACAGCAAGCGCCCCUCGUGUGCCCAGUGACGCUGUGACGAAACCCUACGAAGUCGUCGUUGACGGCAUUCGCUUCUACGUUGUCAAGAAUGGCAGCAAGCUCGUCAGAGUCCCUGGUUUGUCUCCGCCGCAUGUGCCCUUCAUGAACAAGUCUCACCAUGACCAAGGAGACAAUAACGCGCUUAGUGCAACCCCCAAGAUGGCCACUGUCGGCGGUGUCAAGUUUUACCGCAGCAAAAAUGGCAACCUGUACCGCCACGGAAUCGUCAAGGCACAGCGUCAAUCCGGUGUCGUCAAGAAGGUCGAAGAACCUUGCAAACUCUUCUCAACAACUGGUAGCUCCCUCAUCCCAACUCCAAUAUUUGAAUCUACAGUUCGGCGCUUCAGUUUCAGAAGCACGGCAAGCCGAAUCUUACUAACUGCAGCCCUCGUUUCUACAGGUUCCUGCCUCAAAGGCCCCAAGUGUCGAUACGUCCACGAUCCCGCCAAGGUCGCCGUCUGCAAGGAUUUCCUGGCCAAGGGCGAAUGUCCCAAUGGCGAUGCGUGCGAUUUAUCGCACGACCUUACCCCCGAGCGCACCCCAGCGUGUUUGCAUUUCGCCAAAGGCCACUGCACAAACUCCAAUUGCCGUUAUACUCAUGCCACUAAUGUCUCCUCCGCUGCCCCCGUCUGCCGCCCUUUUGGUAUCUACGGCUACUGCGACAAGGGCGCCGCCUGCACCGAGCGCCACGUGUUUGAGUGUCCCGACUUUAGCAAUACCGGUGUCUGUAAGACAAAAGGCUGCAAGCUCCUUCACCGGGAGAGGGCAAGCGUCCUCCGGAAGAACGCGCGCGAGAGCGGCGACCAGGAGAUGGCGGAUGUGUCGAGUGACGACGACGGAGAGUCUGUCGACAGCAACGACGUCGACUCGGACGAGGUUGAGGAGUUCAUUGGCGAGGACGAUGGUCCCGACCUCGACUUUGCGACGCAAAAGGACUUUAUCGAGCUCUAG